AUGGCACCUGCACGCACUAGAUCGGCUAGCGGCAGAAUGACUUCGUUGAAGCUUUCACCGGGGUCGAGCAUAACGAUGGCUCACACCGCCCUCAACCGUUACCUUGGUCUCACCUUACUCCUCGCCUUUUGCUGGUACUUCGGCCCUUCGCUCAGACACAGGGGCGCACCAGUCUCGGGGUUGGGUAGCGACCUCGAGCAGUCGAAUUGGAUCAAGGAGGUAUUGGCGAAUAACAGCAUUGAGACUGAGGUUUCCUUUGCGUCACGGACGCUGAAAUAUGUACCAGAUGCGAAGGAGAGGUUGCCCAUGACGGAGGUCAAUCAGGAUCUUUUCCCAGGCGGAUUUACAGAUAUAAACGUUGGCUCAGACUCUCCCAUUACCCUCCCGUCUGGAUCAACGCUCAAAGUCCAUGUCAACAAGAUUCUGCGACCCGAGGAUGUCAAUGCCUCGAGUCUAAUCUUCGGCGUCUCGACAACUUUUGGCAGAUUCAACGGCGCAAAGACGACACCUAUAAAGGAGUGGGCACGGUGGCUUACAGAUGGAAAAGGGAACUCGAAUGGUGCAGGAUUGAUAUUGGCAUUGUUCAACAGCACCAAUGCAGAAAUCAACCAAGCCCAAGAACGCCUCACAACCGCCGGAAUCAAUGCAACAGUCCUCGCCUCGAACAAAACCCUCGACAUGCCAGGCCGCUACGUCGACCUCGUGCAGCUCCUCUGGAACGACCCUUCGCGCGCCGAGCGCAAAUACUUCGCCCUCAUCGACGACGAUACCUUCUUCCCCAACAUGCCGAGCCUCCUAGACAUCCUCCAUACCCACAACUCCUCCAAGCCAUACUACAUCGGCACCAUAACAGAGCGCACAGACUGGAUCAUCCGGGACCACACUCCCAUGGCCUACGGCGGCGGCGGAAUCUUCCUCACUCCCCCCGUCGCAAGCACCAUUUCCUCACUCCCAUGCCUCGAGAAGGACAGCGACGGCGACUAUGUGCUCGGCGGCGACCAAGGCGACAAACUGCUCUACAACUGCCUACACAACUACACCGAAAUCUCACUCACCUACGAGCCACGCCUGAACCAAGAAGACGAGUUCGGUGACCCAUCAGGGCUAUAUGAAAGCGGCCGCAAUCUCUUGAGCAUGCACCACUACAAGUCAUGGCACCACACGGAGCCUGCGAAAAUGCACGCCGUGGCCUCAGCCUGCGGCGGCGACUGCGUGUUGCAACGUUUCCAGUUCAACGACAACUUCAUAAUAUCCAACGGCUGGAGCGUAGCGCAGUAUCCCCACGGCAUCGACUUCGACACUGCGCUCGUAGAAGGAACAUUCGAACUACCAAAUGACUAUGACCUAGCAGAUGUGUUGCAUCUGUAUGCAUAUGGAGCGUUGAGGAAGAGUCUGGCCAAGACGGGCCGCAAGAAGGGCUGGAAUCUACUUGAUGCUAAGGAGGAGGGCAGUGGCAGGGUGACGCAGGUUUAUAUCAAGAGGAGGGGAGAUGAGCGGUGGUUGAAGAAGGGCGAAGAAGCGACAUAUGAGAGGGAUGGUGUUAUUGUUCUGACUUGGAUUCCGUGA